AUGUCUGAUUCAUACAAAAAAACGGUUGAACAAUUUACAGAAAUAAUAAAUGCUCGUCAUGUAAAUCAUCUUGAUAAAGUUCUUGAAGAAAAUGUUGAAAAAAGUGAAAAUUCUAAAGUUAUUUAUAAAAAUAUUGAAGAAGCUCGAGAAUAUUAUUCAAUGGAACAUGAAGCUCAUCCAUCUGAGAAUUUUCUUCUAACUCAAUUUGGAGAAGAAGAUCAAGAUAAUCAUAGAUUAACAGCAAUUCUUUCUUAUAAUAAACAUGAUUAUGCAACAACAUAUACUUUUUCACCAUUAGGAAAAAUUCAAAAAAUAAAUUCAAUUCUACAAGAGCAACAUUAA